UUAAGGAAUGACGCAAUCAGCCAGAGACGCUACAGCGAGGUGCGGACCGGUGGACAUGAUGCCGGUAUUGCUGUUCAGUGUGUGACAGGUGAUUGUCGGCGCUGCGGGCCCCGGGAUGGCGGUGUAUCACGAUGAGGUAGAGAUCGAGGACUUCGAGUAUGACGAGGACACGGAGACCUAUUACUAUCCCUGCCCGUGUGGGGACAGGUUCGCCAUCACCAAGGAAGAUUUGGAGAAUGGAGAAGAAGUUGCAACUUGUCCCAGUUGCUCAUUACUUGUGAAAGUGAUCUAUGAUAAGGAUGAAUUCAUGAUAGGUGAAGUUAUUCCCGAACCAGUGUCCAGCAAAAGUGAAAUGUUAAAGUGCUGACCAUCAUUUAGUGGUUGAAUCCCCUGAUGUGGCUACAAGACUGUCAACCAGAAACCUGUAAAUCGGAUAUCGGACAGUAAUUGCAGUGUGCUUUAGAGAUCUAUAUUUAUUACAUUUGUGGAUCUUAUGAAGACCUGGUUUGUUUCUUAAGGCUGGAGCUUUACAAGAGACCUCCUGGACAAAGUUGAAGCUUUAGAAAUGGCUAAUUUCUGCUCUUUUCCAUGCAGUGAAAUGCUUUCAGAGCGGUUAGUUAUGCAUCAGAUUAAUAUGGUUUAACUUCAGGAUAGCUUAUGCAGGGUGUGGGAAUAGCCAAAAUUGGGUGGUUAUAUUGCCUUCACAAAGGUCUGAUAUCCAUUUUGUGGUGCUUGUGCUUUACCCAGAUGCUUGUUGGCAGCAACAUCAUAGAAGCAAUGCAAAAAAAUAUUUAAGACUACUGUAUAUAUGUAUUUUAAUAAAAUCAUGCUUUUUAUGUUUU